UAAAUCUUCAGAAAACCCUUGCGGAUGCGGUUUCUUGCUCAAUCCGUUACAUCAGAGAAUUUCUGGUCCUCGCUAACUCAAGAGACUUUGCAUUUUCAAUUUAACAAGAUUCUGAGCGAUUUGAACGUGAUUACUUAAAACAGAAAAAGCUAUUGUUACCCACGAUGAACAGAAUCUGAUAAAGUGCCAAAUGUUGAGUGGGUGAAGAAUUACCUAACGUGCAUUUGAAAAUUGAAGCGUGCUCCAAAGAACCUUCAUUAUGUAUUAAUUUAGGGCUACUCAUACUCCCAUAAUGGUUUUAGCAUUCGUUUACAAAUAUAUGCCGGCAGCUGCUAGAUUAUGGCCGUCCAAGAGAUUUAGAAGUGGAAGAUCUUCUAAGAUGAAAACGAAUUGCAUCAAGAUUGUUGUUGCUCUGUAUCCUUUUCAAGCCAUAGAAGAAGGCGAUCUCACGCUGGAAAAGGGAGAAGAAUACGAAGUAGUUGACGAUUCUCGAGAACACUGGUGGCAAGUCAAAAACAAAUACGGGGAGACUGGCUAUAUACCGAGCAACUAUGUCGAAGAGAAAACAUCUGGCGGCCUUCGGCAUCACAACUGGUACGUAGGAGAUAUGUCGCGACAGAGAUGUGAGGUACUUCUAAAACGAGAAAACAAAGAAGGAACUUUCGUUGUUCGGAAUUCUUCCUCAAAAGGGAUGUUCACACUAUCCCUUUUCACUAGAGUAUCUCAACCUCACGUGAAGCACUAUCACAUUAAGACAAAUGCCAAAGGGGAGUACUAUUUAUCAGAAAAGCAUGCUUUUCCUACAGUUGAAGACCUUAUUUAUUAUCACAAACAUAACAGCGCAGGGCUGGCCACGCGCCUCAAGCAGACGCCCAGUAGUCACGUGGCAUGCAUUCCAACGACCGCUGGACUUAGUCACGAUAAAUGGGAAAUUGAUGCAUCGGAGCUUACCUUGCUUGAAGAGCUCGGAAGUGGCCAGUUCGGGGUGGUGAGGAAAGGCAAAUGGCGUGGACACAUAGAUGUUGCAGUAAAAAUGAUGAAAGAAGGAACGAUGUCAGAAGAUGAUUUCAUUGAUGAAGCUAAAGUUAUGACAAAACUACAGCAUCCCCAUUUAGUUCAGUUAUAUGGAGUUUGCACCAAACACAGACUCAUUUGUAUCGUCACAGAAUACAUGAAACAUGGUUCCUUGCUUAAGUACUUAAGGAAAAGCGAAGCACGAUUGUCCACGAAGACUUCAGUAUUGCUGGAUAUGUGCAUUCAAGUGUGUAGUGGUAUGGCAUACUUAGAACAGCAAAACUAUAUUCAUAGAGAUUUAGCAGCCAGGAACUGUUUAGUAGGAGAAGCCAGUGUUGUUAAGGUUGCCGAUUUCGGAUUGGCAAGGUACGUUAUUGAUGACGAAUACACAAGUUCCGGGGGAGCUAAAUUUCCAAUAAAAUGGGCCCCACCAGAAGUAUUAGGAUACACAAGGUUCAGUAGUAAAUCUGACGUAUGGGCAUAUGGUGUCUUGAUGUGGGAAAUAUUUACAUGUGGAAAAGUUCCUUAUGGCAGAGCAACUAAUGCAGAGGUGGUAGAACAAGUUCAAAGGGGACAAAGACUUGAUGUGCCAAGAGCUUGCCCUUGGGAAGUAUAUGUCGUAAUGAAAUCAUGCUGGGAAGAACUUCCAGAAAACCGACCUCCUUUCCGUGCAUUGAAAUACGAACUGGAGAAGAUACUGGAAGAGUGGGACAUUAGCUGAAUUAAAUUUCGAAUAUGAGGAGCAGAAUACCAUUCGUCUUUCAGAUUAGAUUACAAACAAGUGUCUCGUAAUCAUUUGUAGUUCUGGACAGUUUUCCUGUAAGCCCCUGGAAUCCCUUGCAAUUCUGCAAAAAAACUGCUUUUUGUAGAUCGUGAUGCCCCUUCUUCUAUACAAAUGAAUUGCAUAAACGAUACCUGUGUUACCGAUUCCUGUUUCUGUUGUAUAUUGAAAAACAUUUUGAUGCUCAUAAGCUUUUAGUGAUUGCAAUAAACUUUGGAAUGUCUUUCA